UGAAAAAUUAUAAAGUGAAUGAAAUCGCUAAGAAUUUGUUAAAAGUUGAUCAAGAUUAUAAUACAGCUAAUGAGUAUUUUGAUGAAGUGGAUAAAUUUGAGGAUAAUAAGAAUUAUGAGGUAAUAGCAGUGAACAGUGAUGAAAAUAGUGAUAAUUGUUUUCAUAAAGUUGUCGACAAUCAGAAUCAUGG